GUUAUUCCAGAGGACGAUUCACACAAGAUGAGUUCGUUUUUCCAAACUAUCUUUUUGUUCAGUGCAUUUAAAUUGAAGUGUGAUCAUACUGAUUAUUUUAGUGAUCCAUCCAUGGCAGAGCUACCAUUCGUUAGGUUCUCCAACCCUAAUCUAGGGCAUCUGAUUAAUUAAUUAGCUGGAUGAUAAACUGAAUCAGGUUAGUUAAAAGUGGGGUUGGAGCAAAACCUUUAGGGUUGAAUUAAAUAGCCUAAACUAUAGAACACACAUUUUAUUGCAAAUGUAGGCCUAAUUAAACUGGUACAUUUGGCGAUGUUCAACUUAAAUUCACUGGUACAACGAAUAAUACCUUAACCGUACACCAUAGUGAUUGCCUUGUAAAUUGACCAAAAGUAUAUUUUAGGCUUUGUUAGAUACAGAUGACCAAGAUAUAGCCUAUGCGAACGGCACUGACUGCCUGUCUGCCUGCCCUGAUCCUCUCUCUCCCUCGCCUGCUCCUCUUCGCUAGUGUUUGGUCUUCGGUCUGUUGUGUGUAGAAUAGCUCAGCCCACUCAUUGAUUGUCCCUACAUUACAAGACAAGAAAUUCCUAUAGCCUACAUUUUAUGAUUACCGAUGCACGGUUCCGACUGUCUGCAUCUCUAUCUAUCGCUAAGCUCGCUCUUUCUUUGCUGUGAGUUUUGUUUUUGAAAUAUACAAGGUAAAUAGUUUCCUCCGUUGCAAAAAAUACUGAAUCUUAGGAGUCGAGGAGUCAAUUCCGAAUCUUUGACACCCAGAAAUGCGAGUCGGCGGGCAAGGACUCGAGGAAUCGAUUAGAUGAGGUGCCGUCAACUUCGCCUGAUGACUUGUGUUUGACAGCGACGCUCUGCUGUGGAAAGGGUGAAGAAAAAAGACAAUGGAAAUCUUCAAAAUGGACUAGUUCUUCCUUCUCUUCUGAAGUGCGUUGGGAAUAGCCAAACCUCCUCCAGCCACCAUGAACCACUCUAACGAGUCGACCCCACUGUGCUUUUCCAUCAACAGUCCCCCCUUCAACUACACCCACACCAUUGCUUCCGCCUACUUCUCAUCAGUGUUUAGUGCACUGGGCCUCACCUUCAACCUCAUCGCCUUCGUGGUCCUCCUGAAGUCCUUCCUACGCACGCAAAGCCGGUCGCGCUCCUCCUUCCUCAUCUUCCUCUGUGGCCUGGUGUUUACCGACUUCAUGGGCCUCCUGGUCACCGGCUCCAUCGUGGUCUCCUUCCACUUCACCCAGUUCAACUGGCGCCUCCUGGACCCGCACUGCCACUUCUGCAACUUCAUGGGCAUGUCUAUGGUCUUCUACGGCCUGUGCCCGCUUCUGCUGGGAGCCACCAUGGCCAUGGAGCGUUUCGUGGGCAUCAAUUGGCCGUUCGCCCGCUCGACCAGCAUGAUGACCAAGUCGCGGGCAGUGUCCAUAGUGCUGCUGGUAUGGGCAGGGGCAGGGUGCAUCUCACUGCUGCCCCUGGUUGGUGUUGGGAGCUACCACAUGCAGAUACCGGGCUCCUGGUGCUUCUUUAAAAUUAGCUCAGAGGCAAGCGACAUGGCCUUUUGCCUGCUUUUCUCACUGGUAGGGCUGCUGUCCAUCGCCGUGUCCUUCCUGCUCAAUACAAUAAGCGUGGUGACCCUGGUUAAGGUGUGCUGCAGCCAGGACGCUAGGCAGAGGCGCCGCGACUACGAGGUGGAGAUGAUGGUGCAGCUUAUCUGGAUCAUGAUGAUCGCUUCCAUCUGCUGGUGCCCCCUGCUGGUGUUUAUUACAAAGACUGUGUUUUCGGGGAGCCCACUCCGGAUCCACUACCUGCUGCUCUUCAUUCGCUUCGCCACCUGGAACCAAAUCCUGGACCCCUGGGUGUACAUCCUGUUUCGCCGCGCUGUCCUCAAGCGCCUCUACCCCCGCUGGGACUGGUCCCGGGGCUCCAUCAGGACCCUGUACCCCUCCUUUGUUGGUACCGUCUGCCGGCUGACCCGUGCCUCCGUGGGCAGCGACCCGCUAGGGGGAGGCGAUGGGGGUGUGUCGGUCAAAUAGGAAGGCAAAUCCCAGUCAUUUAAUGUGAAGGCUCCACCUUCACCGCCUUGACUGGUUCCUGUUGUGCAUUGGUGUUUAUCUUCGUCGGUGAAGUUGUUAUUUCAGAAUCAACUUUAUUUUACUUGGUGAUAUAGUGCUGUUAGUGAUAGACAACUUUUAGAAACAGAAUACAGACAACAGAGUUUAAAAAUAGUUUACAUACACUACCGGUCAAAAGUUUUUGAACGCCUACUCAUUCAAGGGUUUUCCUUUAUUUGUACAAUUUUCCACAUUGUAGAAUAGUGAAGACAUCAAAACUAUGAAAAAACACAUGGAAUCAUGUAGUAACUAAAGUGUUAAACAAAUGAAAAUAUAUUUUAUAUUUGAGAUUCUUCAAAGUAGUCAAGCUUUGCCUUGACAGCUUUGCACAAUCUUGGCAUUCUUUCUUUUCCAACAGUCUUGAAGGAGUUCCUACAUAUGCUGAGCACUUGUUGGCUGCUUUUCCUUCACUCUGCGGUCCGACUCAUCCCAAACCCUCUCAAUUGGGUUGAGGUCGGGGGAUUGUGGAGACCAGGUCAUCUGAUGCAGCACUCCAUCACUUUCCUUCUUGGUAAAAUAGUCCUUACACAGUCUGGAGGUGUUCUGUUGAAAAACAAAGUAUAGUCCCACUAAGCCCAAACCAGAUGGGAUGGCAUAUUGCUGCAGAAUGCUGUGGUAGCCAUGCUGGUUAAGUGUGCCUUGAAUUCUAAAUAAAUCACAGUGUCACCAGCAAAGCACCCCCACACCAUCACACCACCUCCUCCAUGCUUUAAGCUGGGAAAUACACAUGCGGAGAUCAUCCGUUCACCCACAUCACUUCUCACAAAGACACGACGGUUGGAACCAAAAAUCUCAAAUUUGGACUCCAGACCAAAAGACACAUUUCCACUGGUCUAAUGUCUAAUUACUUGUGUUUCUUGGCCCAAGCAAGUCUCUUCUUUAUUAUUGGUGUCCUUUAGUAGUGGUUUCUUUGUAGCAAUUUGACCAUGAAGGCCUGAUUCACACAGUCUCCUCUGAACAGUUGAUGUUGUCUGUUACUUCAAGACAUAUUUAUAUGUACAUAUUCUUAUUCCAUCCCGUUGGAUUGUGUAUUAGGUAGUUGUUGUGGAAUUGUUAGAUUACUUGUUAGAUAUUACUGCACUGUCGGGAACUAGAAGCACAAGCAUUUCACUACACUUGCAUGAACAUCUGCUAGCCAUGUGUAUGGGACCAAUGAAAUUUGAUUUGAACUAUGUGAAGCAUUUACUUGGGCUGCAAUUUCUGAGGCUGGUAACUCUAAUGAACUUAUCCGCUGUAGCAGAGGUAACUCUAGGUCUUCCAUUCCUGUGGCGGUCCUCAUGAGCGCCAGUUUCAUCAUAGCGCUUGAUGGUUUUUGUGACUGCACUUGAAGAAACUUGAAAGUUAAUGACAUUUUCCGUAUUGCCUGACCUUCAUGUCUUAGUUAUUUAUUUUCGCUUAUUUGAGCUGUUUUUUCCAUAAUAUAGACUUGGUCUUUUACCAAAUAGGGCUAUAUUCUAUAUACCCCUCCAUAACUUGUGACCACACAACUGAUUGGCUCAAACGCAUCAAGAAUGAAAGAAAUUCCACAAAUGAACUUUUAGGAAGGAACACCUAUAAUUGAAGAGCAUUCCAGAUGAUGGCCUCAUGAAGCUGGUUGAGAGAAUGCCAAGAAUGUGCAAGGCUGUCAUCAAGGCAACGGGUGGCAUUUGAAGAAUCUCAAAUAUAAAAUAUAUCUUGAUUUGUUUAACACUUUUUUUUUUUGUUACUACAUGAUUCCAAAUGUGUUAUUGUUUUGAUAUCUUCACAAUUAUUCUACAAUCUAGGAAAUUGUAAAAGUAAACAAAAACCCUUGAAUGAGGAGGUGUUCUAAAACUUUGGGCCGGAAGUGUACAUUAUAUACAACUAGGCAGUGUGAGCAUAGAGCUAUAAGAGAAUGAGCAUAUAUACAAAUGUAUAGUAUCAGUAUGGCUACAGUGCAUUCGGAAAGUAUUCAUGCCCCUUGACUUUUUCCACAUUUUGUUACGUUAGUCUUAUUCUAAAAUUGCUUAAAUAAAACAUUUUCCUCAGAAAUCUUCACAUAAUGACAAAGGGAAAACAGGUUUUUAGAAAUUAUUGUAAAUGUAAAUUAGUUCAGGUGCAUCCUGUUUCCAUAGAAUUACCCAUGAUGUAUCUAUAACUUGAUGUUAACCUGUGUGAAAUUCAAUUGAUUGGACAUGAUUUGGAAAGGCACACACCUGUGUAUAUAAGAUCCCACAGUUGACAGUGUAUGUCAAAGCAAAAACUAAGCCAUGAGGUCAAAGCAAUUGUCUGUAGAGCUCUGAGACAGGAUUGUGUUGAGGGACAGAUCUGGGUUGGAUACAAAAAUGUCUGCAGCAUUGAAGAUCCCCAGAACACAAAUUGAAGAAGUUUGGAACUACCAAGACUCUUUCUGGAGCUGGCCGUCCGGCCAAACUGAGAAAUCGGGGGAGAAGGACCUUAAUCAGGGAGGUGACCAAGAACCUGAUGGUCACUCUGACAGAGCUAUAGAGUUCCUCUGUGGAGAUGGGAGAACCUUCCAGAAGGACAACCUUCUCUGCAGCACUACACCAAUCAGGCCUUUAUGGUAGAGUGACCAGAUGGAAGCUACUCCUCAGUAAAAGGCACAUGACAGCCCGCUUGAAGUUUGCCACUUAGACUCUCAGACUCUCUGGUCUGAUGAAACCAAGAUUGCACUAUUUGGCCAGAAUGCCUAGUGCCACGUCUAGACAGCCAAGACAACGCAGUAGUGGCUUCGGGACAAGUCUCUGAGUGGCCCAGCCAGAGCCCAGACUUGACCCCGAACGAACAUCUUUGGAGAUACCUGAAAAUAGCUGUGCAGCAACGCUCCCCAUCCGACCUGACAGAGCUUGAGAGGAUCUACAGAGAAGAAUGAGAGAAACUCUCCAAAUAUAGGUGUGCCAAGCAUGUAGCGUCAUACCCAAGAAGUCUAAUUGCUGUAAUCGCUGCCAAAGGUGCUUCAACAAAGUACUGAGUAAAUGGUCUGAAUACUUAUGUAAAUUUAAUAUUUCUUUAUUAUUAUAAAAAUUAGCAAACAUUUCUAAAAACCUGUAUUUGCUUUGUUAUUAUGGGGUACUGUGUGUAGAUUGAUGGGG